CUUCCCCCCUCCCUCCCUCGCUCUCUCUCUCUCUCUCUCGUUCUCACUCUCUAUCCUCCACCCAAAACAGCAAACACCCAAACCACCGCCUAAUUGGAUUUCAUGAUCAUUUCCUUUCAGCUCGCAGAUGCCAGCAGCUGGCAGACAUCGGUGCUCUGCAAUGACAACGCUCAAGUCGCUGCCCUUACCGCUCUUCCUGCUUGUUCUCCAAGUACGUCUCUCUACUCUGUUAGAGGACAACAAGAUUCCUCCCAGUGUGUGUACGGGCCAUCCUGGCAUCCCGGGCUCUCCCGGAGUUCACGGCACCCCCGGUCUGCCUGGGAGAGAUGGACGGGACGGAAGAGAUUCUGCUCCGGGGGAGAAAGGAGAAAAGGGGGACAUCGGAGCUUCAGGUGAGAUGGGUGACCAAGGCCUGACAGGAGAUAAAGGUGACUCCGGAGAGCGAGGGCAGAAAGGUGAGGCGGGACAGUGCGCUGUGGCCCCCAAAUCAGCCUUCAGCGCCAAAAUAUCCGAAGGCCGCGACUUGCCGCUUCCCGCGGGCGGCGUGGUGCUCUUCGACAAGAUCCUGCUCAACCAGCAGGGCGACUACAACGCUGAGGCGGGCCGCUUCACCUGCAAAGUCCCCGGCGUCUACUACUUUGCCGUCCACGCCACCGUGUACCGCACCAGUUUGCAGUUUGACCUCAUGAAAAACGGACACGCCGUCGCCUCCUACUUCCAGUUUUUCGGCAACUGGCCCAAACCGGCGUCGUUGUCGGGCGGGUCCCUUGUCCACCUGGUUCCCGGGGACCAGGUGUGGAUCCAGAUGUCUCUGGGGGAAUACAAUGGAUUCUACUCCAGUACCAAGACAGACAGCACUUUCAGCGGCUUCCUGGUGUACUCAGACUGGAAAAACUCUGCGGUGUUUGCAUGAGCGGUCAUACCUUGCAUAGGGAAAGUAACCACACGAUGGCCCAUUUAAGGUUUUCCUAAUAAGGGACAUUUGGGACGAGACGUCAAUACGUUUUUGUUUUGUAAUGACAUUCACAACGGGCACAUACUAAACUGCAUGACUUGACUGCUUUUUCAGCAUCUGCAUUUCUACAGUGGAAUCUCUUCAGGGGUGUCAAACUCUGGCCCGCGGGCAAAUAUUGGCCUGCAAUGUAAUUAUAUUCGGCCCGCGAACACAAAUUCCGCAUCGACUGUGUCAUUACUAAAAUUGCCAAUUGGCUUCACUCAAAAAAAAAAAAAAAGAGAGAGACUCUGCUAGCAAUUUUUAUUACCAUUCAUCUUUUUAAAAAAAUUGAACAGUUUCUAUUAGUCUCUGAUUUCAAAACUACCAGUUUGUCAUGUACCCUGUACUGUAUAUAAUUUAUACAUUUAUUUGGGUUGACAGUCAUAAUGGCCCUCUGAAGGAAACUAUGACUCAAUGCGGCCCGUGAUAAAAAUGAGUUUGACACCCCUGUCUUAGAUGGUUGAGCAUAAUUUGACACUGAACGCCAAUCGAUACGAGUGCACAGAUAGUAAAGCUGUGCAUCUCUUCGAUAAAAGACGAUUGGAUACGUUUGUCGAUGCAGAAUGAGUGAUACAAUUCAAGGACGACAGUUGAUUCCAUUACACUCGUAUUAUUGACAUUGCUCCUUCCCCGUUUAACGUGAUCCGACUCUAAUUCUGACAUCAAGCUUUUAGAAAGAUUCAAAUGAAACACAACAUUCACGUCAGUGAUUCCAUGACAGGGACUGACAUAAUCAAUCAUAGAUGUGGGGAAGAAAAAUUGUAGGAGCAUGGAGAUGAUGAAGUAACAGUUCCAAAAGCAUGUGGCACUUCCAUCACUCCAAUCCAACGCUCCACUGAGUGCAAACCUGACCAAAGUAAACACAUUCCACUGGA